CCAAAAACAAUAAUUCUCCAGGGUGCCCGUGUGCCACUUCGCGGACGGCUUCCCGGUCGCGUCUGCUUCUAGUCGCGAAUUUACGAUCUCUCGCGUUCGGCCGCGCGCAUAAACGCGCGGAGCUCCGUGCCGUCGAGUUGUUGAGCCGCGCUCAAGUUUUCAAGAAAGUCGGCGAAACAGCCGAGCGAGCGUGUCCGCACGUCGGCCUUUCGCCGAUCGCGAGUCAGUGAAACUGCAACUUGCAGCGGUAUUAUCGCGCGCGAAAGAGCUUCGCACGCAAUAAUCUGUCACUCGGCGGUUCCGUCCAGUUGCUCCAUGCGCAAUCAGAUAAUUGAUCGCGCGCUUAUCUGAACGUUUGUUUCUGCCGGUAUCCGUGAUCCGUGCGGCACUGCGAGCUGCAACUGCGGUUUCGGCUCCAGUUUGAGAGAUUUGCCUUCGUGAGACAGCAUUUGGAAGAAUUGAAAAUGCAGACAAUAAAGUGUGUUGUAGUGGGAGACGGGGCAGUUGGUAAAACUUGUUUAUUAAUCUCCUACACCACAAAUAAAUUUCCAUCGGAAUAUGUUCCAACAGUAUUUGACAAUUAUGCAGUCACUGUUAUGAUUGGCGGUGAACCAUAUACAUUAGGAUUAUUUGAUACAGCUGGUCAGGAAGACUACGAUCGUCUGCGUCCAUUAAGUUACCCACAAACUGAUGUAUUUCUUGUGUGCUUCUCAGUUGUAUCGCCGUCAUCGUUCGAAAACGUUAAAGAAAAGUGGGUACCAGAAAUAACGCAUCACUGUCAAAAAACGCCGUUUUUGUUGGUCGGUACGCAAAUUGAUUUACGAGACGAUGCGGCGACGAUCGAAAAGCUUGCGAAGAACAAGCAAAAAGCAAUUUCCGGUGAACAAGGAGAGAAGCUUGCUAAGGAAUUAAAAGCUGUAAAAUAUGUCGAAUGUAGCGCUCUUACACAGAAAGGACUUAAGAAUGUAUUUGAUGAGGCAAUAUUAGCGGCUUUGGAGCCUCCGGAACCUGUCAGAAGAAGAAGGUGUACCAUUUUGUAGGAGGUGUUUGGUUUUUUUUUAUAAAAAGAAUGUUAGUUCUACAGUGACUAAGACUGUAAGUUUUCUCAUACACACUGCAUGCGAAAGGUUUUACAGUGAUGAUUGUUAAAUCCUAAGGCAUAUAAUAAGUAUUUUUUAACAUUGACGGCAUGUACGUGGAUACGAAGCAAUCUUUACCUGUAUUGGCAUUACGUAAAUUUUAUAAUUGUAAAAUUAUAAUUGUAAUUAUUAAAUAUUAUCAAUUUGCCUUGUGUAAUGAAUGUUACACCAGCAUAUCACAUCAUUCCGCGCGUCUCUGUAUUUGCACUCCAACGAUCAAAUGUGUGGAUUGUCUGGAAAGAAAAGAAAAGAAAAAUACUGAACUCGUUUUUCUAAGCAAAUAAAUAAUUUCAUUCCAUCAACAAUUUUUACAUUCUAUCAAUAAUGUACAAACAAAUCGUUUCAUGUAUUCGAAAGGAAAGUUUACUUUAUAUAACUUAUUAUUUUAUAUAAAUUAUGAUACGACAUGCACGUAUAUGCAAGUGUAAUGCUAUUGACUCUCAUAUUUUACGACGUAUUUUGUGCACAUGCUAAUUAAAAGUUUUUUACAUUUUUAUAGGUGAGAACCAAUACUCGCCUCUUAACGUUCCGGACUCUUAAAAUCAAUACCUAAUAUAUAUAUAUUCCCACACUCGCUACAAGUGCAAAUAUUAGAUUAUCUAUCAAUUUAAUAGAUUUAAUUGUUCAACGAGCCAGUGAGUUUUGCGUUUCAGCUCACGGAAAGCGAUUAAAUGAGAAUUAUGAUAGAAUAUUAUACAACAUACAACAUUGCUAUUAUAUAGUCUCUGAAACAAGGAGGAAAGAAAAAAUUCUCUCUAUUGUGGGAUCAUGUGCAGAAGCACUGCACGAGCGCGUGUCUCUAUACAUAAUUAUAUUUUAUAAGAUCUGUAAAACUGUUUUGGUGGCCAUAUCGAUAUGUUAUCAUUAAAACAAAUAAUUAUGUUAAUAUAUAUUUUUGAUUAGUUUAAUGUAUGUCCUAUGUAUUGCGCAACUGAAUUCUUUAGUUAUAGUCCCGUACGAUUUAGUUAUGUGUAAGGUUCCUUAUAUGAAAAUUCUUAUAAAAUACAAAUAACUAUUAUUUCGAUAACUUGUACAAAAUACGUUACACUAAAGAUACAAUAGAAAAUAUCAGGAUUGGAUAAAUUUGUUUAAUGAUUGUAUUUUCUACAUUGAAAACUAAACAAUAGCCUAAAAAAAUGCGGAAUGUUUUGGUAUCAGGUAAAAGUCCACAGAUCGAGCAUGGAACCGCAGAUUUUUAUUGGCCGAUGCAUUUUGUCUAUACAAGAUCAUUUAAAUAAAUUUAGAUUUAUUCGAUUAUUAUUUCUACUCAGUUUUGUGUUAUUGUAAAUAUUCUCGUUUCUAUCGAGUUAAAUAUUGUAUUACAGUCUGCCAUAGAUUUUGUACGUCGGCUUAUCACUCGUAAGCAAAUGUGAUUUCGGACGGAGAUUAAAUAUGUUCACAAGGUAAUAAUAAAAAACUCUUAAGUAAAUGAAUUUUUUGGAUAUGUAAAGAAAUUUAUUUUGUUUAGGGAUGCUAAAAUAAGUUGGAUUAAUGAGAUAAGUUAAUGGUAAUUCGUACUAUAAUCAUACUGCGUAUAAAGUAUGAAUUAAAAAUUAAAUUUAGCAGGUAAUGUAUAAGUGUCCGAAAAUUCUUAUAAGAAUAUUAUAAGAUGUGCGCGCGUGCGUGAGUGCGUGUAUUAUUUGCCAAGAAGGAUAUUUAUACGUUUCUAUCAUAACUGAAAGAUGAGUUUUUUGUAUACAUUGAUAUUUGAGAGAGAGAGGAAGAAAGUCACUUUUGAUUCUAGAUUUAUAAGAAUAAAGAUAAUUUAAAAUACG